AUGUCUGCCAACGAUAUCUAUCAAACUCCCUUGACUUCGCGUUAUGCAAGCAAGGAGAUGAAGGAGAUCUUCUCUGCUCGCAACCGUGCUUCAACAUGGAGAACUCUUUGGAUCGAUCUUGCUGAAGCCGAGAAAGAAUUGGGUUUGGAUAUCAGUGCUGAGGGUAUUCAACAAAUGAAGGAGAACAGAAUCAUGACCGAUAAGGACUUCGAGGUUGCUGCUGAGGAGGAGAAGAAGCGUCGUCAUGAUGUUAUGGCACAUGUUCACGCAUUUGGCCAAGUUGCUCCAAAGGCUGCUGGUAUCAUUCACUAUGGUGCCACUUCCUGCUACUGCACCGACAAUGCCGAUCUCAUCUUCCAGCGUGAUGCUCUCGAUUUGAUCCUUCCAAAAUUGGCCACUAUCAUUCACAAGUUGUCUCAAUUUGCUCUUGAGUUCAAGGAUUUACCUACCUUGGGCUACACUCAUUUCCAACCUGCUCAAUUGAUCACUGUUGGUCGUCGUGCAUCUCAAUGGGUUCAAGAUCUUCUCAUGGAUUUGGAGGACAUCAAGAGAGUUAGAGCUGAUCUUCGUUACCGUGGUGCCCAAGGUACAACUGGUACACAAGCCAGUUUCAUGGAGAUCUUCAAGGGCGAUGGUGCCAAGAUCGACCAGCUCAAUGAAAUCCUUUGCGAGAAGGCUGGCUUCCCAAGCUGUUACGCUAUCAGCACUCAAACCUAUUCCCGCAAGGUUGAUCUCAGAAUCGCCAAUGCUCUUUCCAGCUUUGGUGCUACUGCCCAGAGAAUCUCAAGUGACAUUCGUCAUCUUGCCAACUUGAAGGAGUUGGAAGAGCCAUUUGAGAAGGAUCAAAUUGGUUCAUCUGCCAUGGCUUACAAGCGCAACCCAAUGAGAUCCGAGCGUAUUGCAGCUCUUGGUCGUCAUCUUGCCAACCUCAACAAGAACGCCAACGAUACAUACGCUGCUCAAUGGUUCGAGAGAACACUCGAUGACUCUGCCAUCCGCCGUAUCACCAUCCCCGAGAUGUUCCUCUCAGCUGACGCUGUCUGCAUGGCUAUGGAUAACGUUGUCUCUGGCUUCGUUGUUUACCCAAACCGUAUCCACUCUCGUGUCAUGGAGGAAUUGCCUUUCAUGGCUACAGAAGUCAUCAUCAUGAGAAUUGUUGCCAAUGGAGGAUCGAGACAAGAGGCUCAUGAAGAGAUCCGUGUCCUUUCUCACCAAGCUUCUGACGUUGUCAAGAAGCAAGGUGGUAAGAACGACUUGAUCGACCGUAUCAAGGCCACCAAGUACUUUGAACCAGUCUGGGCUGAUCUUGACAACAUGAUGGACCCAAAGAACUUUAUUGGCCGUAGUGCACACUCGGUUGAGAAGUACUGUGGACCUGGUGGAGAGGUUGAAGCUGCUCUUGCAGAAUGGUCUAGCCAGAUCAAGUCUAGCAAGGCAGUUGAGUUGAGUCUUUAAAUUAAAAUUUGAUGACUUGACAAUUUCUUCCGUUGGAUGAUUUUGAAAUGGUUGCGUAUGGUUGGGGGAGCAUUGGUUGGAGUUCAUGGAGUUGGGAAAUUUUCAAAAGUAACUUUACGACUCAUACCCAUUCUACCUAGAAGUUAUUGCUUUACGCGAUACGAAUAAUCUUGAUAGAAACAUCGGCUGGUAUUUUAGUUUUCUGGAGGUGCAAUAUUGCAACUUUAACAAGUAUGUAUGUAGCCUUGGCAGCGACUUAAUACAAACAAACCUGUAUUACAGAU